GAAUUAUUUGCGCGGGAGUUGCUUCAAAAUAACGUGCAAGUCAUGGAGACACCAGCAGAAAGUGCAACGGUCGAAGCCCCGGAGGUGGGAGCGGCUGCGAAAAAGGCACCUCGACCCAAACCCACGCAUCCUACCUACAUAGAAAUGGCCAAAGACGCUAUAGCAACUCUCGCUGAGCCAAAAGGCGCCACAGUCCCGGCCAUUGUGAGUUUUAUUUGCGGGAAACACAAGCUCGAUGUCGAAGUGGUGAAACAGCAUCUAAAGCCCGCCUUGGCCAAGGGAAUUACAGAAGGCGUGUUCGUGCGUCCGAAGUCGUCCGCGGAUUCCAAGGGUUUUACUGGACGCUUCAAGCUGGAUAAAGCCAAGGCUGCGGAGGAAAUAAAAGCCAAGAAAAAGAAAGAAAAAGAAGCGCAAGCAAAGGAGAAAAAGAAAGAAUCGGGAACAAAGACAACAGCCGUGAAAAAGAAACCGCUUGUCAAAAAAACACUUGCCAAGAAGUCGCCCAACAAGGUGGUUGCAAAGAAACCAACAACAAAGAAGGUUGGCACAAAACCACCAAAACCGAAGACUACAACAUCAAAACCCAAUACCAAGGCAUCAAAACCAACGGCUGAGAAAAAACCAAAAGCAGCAAAGGUACUUUUUGCUACACUGAAGACGCCAAAGAAAACCCCAAGCAAACUGAAGACUUCAUCUUCUGCAAAAAAGAACUCUGCAUCGAAGAAAAAGUGAACUCUCUGCUUGGGUUUGCAUAGGGCGUGGUCUUUGAGAAAAAUAUGACUUGAAUAUUGUGCUUUUUGUUUUAGGUGCUGAAACUUGUAGUGUCUUUUUGUACAUGUGACAUUGUAUGAAUUUGUGUCAUCAAAUAUUUUUUUGGUAAUUAUUGAUAUAACUUUCCUGUCUUUAUUUUCAUCAAAUUUGUCAUACAUUUACCUAUUUUCAUUUACCUUUUGUUUGUUCCAAUAUGAUU